AGACCCGCUGAUGACGACACCUUCCUCUGCUUGAAGUGACAGCUGCCCAUGUUAGCGAGCGUGAAUGUUUACUGUUAGACUCAGCAAAUAACAAGUGUGUGAUGUGAUGCAAGUCCGGAGUGUUUACAUGUACAGCUAGCUGAACAGGUCCUUAUGGCUGUGUAUGAUGAGGACCUCCUGAAGAAUCCCUUCUAUGCAGCGCUGGAGAAGCAGAGGCCAGACCUCUGUGUUCGAGUGGCAGAGAGCCAUGGCAUAGUCCUAGUGCCCUGUCGAGGAAGCCUAACAGGCCCUGCUUACACAGCAGCCCAGUUCAACACGUAUGUUUUACAGCCUGCUGGAGAAGGAUAUCAAACUCUAGAUGGAAAGGAGAUCAGUAUCCAGGACCGGCAGGUGAGGCUGGGUGCAGGCUUCCAGGCCCCAGCCUCCAUCCCCAUCCUGUUUGAGGAGACCUUCUACAACGACAAGGAGCAGAGUUAUAGCAUCUUGUGCAUCUCCAGGCCCAUCCACACGGAUCAGAGCCAAGCUGAACAGAGUCCUGGGCCGACGCUGCACUGUCUGAGAAACGUGGAGGACGUUAAGGACUUCCUGGGUCGCCACACGGAGAAGCUGGACCGCUUCAUCUCCAGCUUCUGUCACUCCUUCAGGGAGCAGGAGAGGAGGGGGCUACGCCACCACAUCGACUCUGUGAACGCCCUCUACACCAAGUGUCUUCAGUGUCUGCUGAGAGACUCGCGCCUGAAACUGCUGGCCAAACAGGAGCUCCAGAUGACUCUCCUGAAGCAGGCGGUGGAGAUGUAUAUUCAUCAUGGUAUCCAUGAUUUAAUAUUUAACUUUGUGGGAACGCUUGAAGCCAGCCAGGAUGCUGCCUUCAACAAAACCACCAGAAGCCUUCAGGACCUGCAGCUGAAAGAUCUGGGCGUGAAACCUGAAUUCAGCAUCAACAUCCCUCGUGCCAAGAGGGCCCUGGGGGAUCUGAACCACUGCACAUCUCCCCUCCACAAGGUGCUCUGCCUCCACAAGGUGGCCCUCACCAUCAUGCAGUCUCCUAGCCGCACAGUGAGCAUGGAGGCAGUGUGUGCAGACGACCUGCUCUCUGUCAUUCUGUAUCUACUGGUCAAGACGGAAAUCCCUAACUGGAUGGCUAACCUGAGCUACAUCAAGAACUUCCGCUUCAGUCAGAGUGCCAAGGACGACCUGAGCUACUGUCUGACCUCCUUCGAGGCAGCGGUGGAGUUCAUCAGCCAGGGCAACCUCCGGCAGGGCCGGCCGGGCUGUGGGGACCUGAAUGACAAGACUGUGUUCAGACAGAAGAUGAGCUUGCUCUCUCAGAAUGCUGCUACCCCCAUAGACUGUCUGUUUGAGCACAUCGCCGGCGGUAACGAGGCGGAGGUGGAGCGUCUGCUGGGUGAGGCUGAGAGAGAGGAGGAGGAACUCAGGAUGUGUCAUCCUCUCUGCUCCUGUGACCACUGUGAGCUCAAGCUGUCUGGGCGGCUGAACGACCCCUCAGUAGUGACGCCCUUCUCCAGAGACGACCGAGGAUACACCCCCCUUCAUGUAGCUGCUCUCUGUGGUCAGUCUGGAUUGAUCGACCUGUUGGUGUCGAAGGGAGCGUUGGUCAACGCUACAGACUACCAUGCCCUCACGCCUCUGCACCUGUCCUGCCAGAAGGGGUACCAGGGGGUCACGCUGCUGCUCCUGCACUACAAGGCUAACACAGAUGCUCAGGACAACAAUGGGAACAGCCCCCUGCACCUGGCCUGUAUGUACGGCCACGAGGAUUGCGUCAAGGCGCUGGUGUAUUACGACCUCCACACCUGCCGCCUCAACAUCCAGAACGAGAAGGGCGACACGUGUCUGCAUGUGUCUGCUCGCUGGGGCUACGAGGGGGUCCUCCAGGUGCUGCUGGAGAACGGAGCCAGCACGGACAUCUGCAACAAGGCCAGGGAAACCCCCCUGCACUGCGCUCUCAACUCCAAGAUUCUGACUCUGUUGGAGUCGACGCGCAAUGGAACCCAUCAAACAGAGAGAAAUACUUCCCCAGGCCGCUCGCCCCCAGUCUCAGACUCUGGCAGCCGACGCUCGUCCCAGUCCAGCUGCUCCUCCUUCAGCCCCGACGCCCAGCCGGAGGGAGACAGGAGCCGCCAGCGGCAGGUGGAGAAGCUGCUUCGCGCUGUUGCCGACGGCGACAUAGAGAUGGUGCGCUACCUUCUGGAGUGGGUGGAUGAGGAGCCGGAGGAGGAGGUGGAGGAGGAGGAGGAUGCGGAGAUGCUCUCUCAGACAGAACUGUGUCAUCCACUGUGCCAGUGCCCACGCUGUGCCCCCACUCAGAAGCUGGCCUGCCUGCAGGCUGGAGGUGUGGGUGUGAACAGCAGCAGCAAGGAUGGCUUCACCCCCCUCCACGUAGCUGCCCUGCACGGCCACGCCUCCCUGGUCACCCUGCUGGCACGCCACGGAGCCAACGUCAACGGCCGCAACCGCCACAGAGCCACGCCCCUCCACCUGGCCAGCCAGAACAGCCUCACUCAGGUAGUGACAUCACUGCUGGAGUGCAAUGCCAAGCUGAACAAGAAGGAUCACUAUGGCAACACCCCUUUGAUCCAGGCUUGUCUCAGAGGUCACCUGGACACCGCAGUCCUGCUCAUCCAGAGUGAUGCAGUGGUGAACCUGGCUAACCAGCAGGGGAACACGGCGCUGCAUGAGGCAGUGAGGGGGGGCCACCUGGGGCUGGUGGAGCAGCUGCUUGAGGCUGGAGCCCUGGUCCACCUGAGGAACAACAGGCAGAGGACCCCCCUGGACUGUGCCCAGGAGACAGGCGGCAAGAACACUGAAAUCCUGAGGAUUCUUCAGAAAGCGUCUGGACUCUCCCCCGACGCUGAACCAAUCAAACUGCUCUCUGUGCCAAAGGGCACUCUGGCUCAUUCGUUCGUCCAGAGACUGAAGCCCCAGGAUCAGGAGCAGAGCAGGCGGCAGAAGCUGGCUCACUCCAUCAGCAGGAUCCAGCAUAUGAAGAAAGGUCUUCCCAGAGAGAGAAGUGUUCCCUCUCUGCCCUCCGCUGCUCGCCCUCAGGAGGUUGAUGGCCGAGGGGAGAGAGGCAAGCUGAGGAGGGGGGAGACCCUGGAGAGCUGUGGGCCCUUCAGCCGGUCAGGGAGCCCCGUGCAGGGGGCCAGAGACAGGGCCGGAGACAGGGCCAGACCCCUGGGUCGCUGUCACACCGUGGACCCUGAGAUGCCUCCCUCCCCACACUGGGGAAUCCACGCAGGUGACCCCUUUGUGCAGGACUGGCAAACAGAUGGUGGCAAGGUCCAGACCCAUACACCUGAGGAGCUGUCUGCUAUGAACCCGUCCAGCCAGAUCCUUCACACAGACGUCACUGACAGUCCCAUCGAGCUCUGUCUUACAGACACACCCAACGAACCCUCUUUCACAGACAUACCCAACCAACCCUCUCUCACACCCAACGAACCCUCUCUCACAGACACACCCAACGAACCCUCUCUCACAGACACACCCAACAACAUGAACGGAGAGGGAGAGGAAGAGGGAAAGGAAGACGUCCUCUUGUUCUCUGAGCACACAGACGCCCUGCCUGUGUGGAACUGGCAGGAGAACCCACCCAAAGAAAAGGAAGACUUGGUGUCAGAGACGGCCUGA